UGGCCAAGCGAAGAGUUGUGUUCGACCAUCGAACGGAUGGAAAAUUAGAAUCGAAAAAUUUUCCAACGCCACGAAUACAUAUAGAACUUGAUCAUAUGUAUACUAGAUAAUUACUUUCGUUACUUUCCGUUGUUUUUAAAGUGAGAGUUGCAAGUGAAGCAGUUGAAAACAAAUUCGAUACAUAGUUUCUCGAACCUCCUUGGUUGAAAAGUGAAAGUCAAUAGAUAAUUGCGAAAUCGGAAAACUCGUGUGAGAUCGUCCCACACAGAUAUAUAAGCGAUCUUGUUGGUAUUUUUCCUGCACCAGUAUUGGUGGCGUACCAAUUGGAAGCGAUCCGUAGAUCGGUGGAUCGUUGGAUCAUUGGGUUUUCUUUGUGCCGACGAAGAGUCUUUCUCUAGAAGAAAAGUCGCCAUCGAGGGGAUCGUAAAUUUAACUCUUGCCAGGCGGAGCCCAUCCACAUCGUCAUCUUUGUCUGCAUCGCGGUAAACAAAUCGUCACAGCCGCAUACCACAGCCACAGCCACAGCCCGUUCGCCUUUGUUCUCUUCGGGAAAAUGGGAAACGGCGAGUCCACUCAGUCUGCAAAUGAUACGCAGAUGCAGCAGGCAGCCGAUGACGAGCCCUGGUGGAACGACAUCGAGCACGAGAACCUUGUUCUGGAGCAGGCCCCUCAAAAUACAGCAGGAAAAUCAGGGGAGAAUCCUCCAUCAGUCUCUGUGGAGAAUAUAGUUCUUGCCAGAAUGGAGGAUCGAGCGGAGGACUCUGGCCACAAGGAGCAAACCCUGGAGGAGUUCAGGGAAGAACUUCGACAGAAAAGAGAAGUUCGUCUAAAUGCUGUGCAGGAUCUAAGGGAUGAAAUUGCCAACCUGAAAUCGCAAUUGGCCAAAGAAAAGGCGGAAAAUCGACGCCUGAAAAAGGAUCAAGGAGAGGAGGAGCCAAGCCACUUGGAGAAUUCAGAUACUCCCAGGCCAGAUUCCGAUCCAGACGAUGAGAAUCCCAGCUCCAGGAGUCGGCAUGCCAAUAUCGAACUGGCCAGUGCCCAGUUGGCCUUGCAGCAGGCGCAGGCCGAGAACUUGUCCUUGCGAGGAGAGGUGGAGGUGGUCCAACGCCAGGUGGGAACGCUCAAGGAAGUCAUCUCCUGCUGCAAGCAAAUGCUGAGUGUCAAGGAGGAGCAGUGUGCUCAGCUGAAAAUGAAACUGACGCAAAUAGAGGACUCCUUCAGCGAGCGAGAGAUGAAGAUUAUGUCGAACAAUCUCCGCCAGGAGUACGAGCGCCAACUGGUCAACAUCCGCCAGCUGAGGCAGCUCUAUGAGGAGCGGCAGCGAGUGGCUGCUGCCGAGUACGAGAAUCUCCAGCGAUUGAUCUCGAUCAAGAGGGAUGAACUGACGGCCGAGCAGGAGAAGACUAAGAACUUCGAGGAGCGCAACCAGGCGCUUCUUUUGGAGGUGGAGACUGCCAACAAGGAGCUGGCGAAGCUGCGCGAGGAGUGCGGGGAGCACAAGUUCGAAAAGCGAUUGCUGAGCGACCAAGUGGGGGCAGUCAACCUGCUCUUCAGCCAGCUGAUCAUGGGCUUCAACGGCAAGAGCAACAUGGACAUCGACCGGCUCAACCGAAUGCUGGAGGAGAACCGCCAGCUCCUCAACCAGAUGACCCAAGCCGAGGGCAACUGCAGCGAUGGCGCCACUCUGCCCAAGCUGCUCUUUGAGCUCGUGGAGCAGGUCACUGGCCAUGGCGACUCCGCCGGGGAAUCGGACAAAAGUCGCAGCACCACACCCACUCCCACACCUACACCCACAGCCACGCCCACGUUGACGACCACAAAUGAGGACACCACGGACUGUUGUCAGCCAGGAGAAGGAGUGAACAAAAAACACCGGAAAAGGGGUUCCAAUGCGGGUGCGGGUGCGGGUGCCACUGCGGCUUCGUUAAAAAGCCAUGAGCCCGAAAUUAUGGGAAAAGUUGCCUCGGCCCAAGAAAUCAUUGGCAACUUGCCAAAAGUUUGGAAAGUGUUGAUGGAGCUCUUGAGCCACCACAAAAUCGAGCGCGUGCAGUUCGAGGAGCUGCCGUCCUGCAGUGGGAGUGCGACCUCAAGUGCGGCCUCCGCAUCCUGCGCUCCUGGCAAGGACGAGGGGGAGUCCCACCGCAAGCCACCGGAGCUCAGCGUCAGCAAGACCUACAUCAAACUGAAGGACCUCAUCCUGGAAAAGAAGUCGCUGGUGAAGGAGACGAACCGCCUGAAGACCCUCAACAGCCACCUGGACUUCCGGCUGAACCAGCAGGAGAAGCGCCUGAGCGGGGUGAGCCUGGAGCUGACCAAGACCUGGCACCUGGUGGGCAAGAUGCAGCGCCAGCACCGCCAGCUGCACACCCAGGAGCAGAUCCUGCGCUACCAGCUGCAGCAGAAGCGCCGCCUCCUUAGCGAGCUGAAGGACGAGCUGGAGUACUGCCGCCGGAAGUGGGCUCUGGCCAGGGCCAAGAACGACGAGAGCCAGGAGCAGUGCGACGAGUGGCGCAGGGAGUUCGCGCGGAGGAAGCUGGAGGACGCCAACCACUCGGCGGAGAGCGGCUACAGCGACUCGGGUCCGCAGUCGGAUGAGGAGCGCGAGGUCUUGGCGGCUCUGGAGCACGUGGAGGCCCCCACUUCAACCUCCGUCUGCCGCAGGAAACUUCUUCGCGAUCAGUUCGAGCACACCCGCAAGAUCAAGCGGAUGCAGAGCACCUCGCCCGGCCGUCAGGGAUUCGCGGGCCAGGAGGAUGAGUCCGAGGACAUAGUCCUUCGCUGGAACAGCGCACCGCCGACUUGCGGCUGGAGGGAGGAACCCACGUAUCCUGCGGGGCAAGAAGAAGAGGAAAUGGAAGAGGAGGAGGGUGGAGCUCGAGGUGGAGUGCCAGGGAUACCGCACAGCAGCAGGAGCAGGCAAAGGAGCCACGCAGACUCACCCGGAACCUCGGGCACGGCCAGUCGCAUCCACAAGCUGGAGGAGCAGUGCAAGAACCUCAUCCAGCAGGUCCUGGAAACCUCCGGCAACCGCGAGCGCCUCGAGAUCCAGCUGUGCCAGUUCCAGGACGACAUUUCGCCAGCCCAGCACGCCGUGCCCCUGGAGGAGUUCAUCAACAGGAAGCGCAUGGAGCGCAUGACCAGGGCCAGUUCCGCGCCAGCCACCGGCAGCCUCACUCCCCGCGAGGAGGAGUACACCAGGAAGAGGUCGGAGCGCCUGGGGCGCCUCGAGGAGGAGUCCCGCCAGCUGAUGUCGCGGAUCAAGCGCACGGCCGACAGGGGGCACUAUCUGAAGAAGUCCUUGGACAGGAUUCGAAGGGCUCCGAGUCGCGAGGCAAGCUUCGAGAGCAACACGGAGGAGGAAGCAGCGCCUCCGGCAGCCAAGGCCGAAUCCCCAGCCCCAGAGGAAGCUCCAUCUCCACUGACCGCCGAGGAGGAGGAGUACACGGCCAGAAGGGCGGCCAGAAUCCAGCGGCUGGAGCAGGAGAGCCGCCAGCUGAUAGAGCAGCUCUCCAGGAACACAGAGCGCGGGGGCAACUUGGCUUCCAGGCUGGACACCUUGCACGAACAACAUGGCCCCAACGCUCGGCAGGAGGAGCCCCAGACCGCCACCAGCCUCUCGCAAACGGUGGAGCAGCGCUUGGAGGACAUUGAGAGGGUGUCGGCCAACAGAGCCGAGCGCCUCCGCCUGCUGGAGGCCCAGGGCAACGAGCUGAUAGCCAGGCUGAGCUCCACAUCUGAGCGCGGCACCGCCAUGAUCAACAGGAUCGCGGAAAGGGAGGCCGUACGGCGGCAGGAGGCGGAGCUGGUAGAGCAGACUGUGCCGACGGAGGAGGCCACCAGCUCCGUGAACUCCGUGGCCAGCAGCCGGAUUGUGGUUGAGCCGGAGGAGGAAGUCCAAGGAGCAGCCUGCUGCGUCACAGUCACCACCACGCCGAGUCAGCUGGCACUGAAGCUGCAGUCCACGGGAGCCAUUCCCAAGAGCAGACCCCAAUCCCAGCUGUGCGCUGCUGCUCGUCAGGAUGACGCGGCCAAGAAGCGAUCUCCGGGAAAGGAAGCUGCCACGGAGGAGGCCCCCGAAACGCUCGAGGAUAUGGUGCAGCGCCUGAGGGCGUUGCCCUUCCCAGACAAAUCCCUGGAGAAAGAGUCCCCAAACCAGAAGGAAAUCGAGACAACGCAACUGCAAAGUCAAGAAAAAGAGGAGUUGCUUGAAGGCGGAGCUAAUAAAUCCGAGUCAGAGGAGGAGAACCUGGAGAUAUGUGAAACCGAACCAACUGAAACUGAAACACAAGUCGAGGAAUCGCCGGAGGAGCACAAGGAUGACCAUGAUGAUGAAAACUGAAAGAUGUUCACUAGAAUUUAAUACGACUUCCAAUACUCGCUGAUGAAACUGCUAGUCGCAUAAAGAUAUUGUUAAAUGUAAUAAGCUGCGAAUAGUAAGGAAAUAUAUUUUUUGAUGUCUCUAA